ACCGAUUGUAUAUUACGAGAGUGAACACAGCUGCUUUUAGCAUUUUUAAUGCUUGCAAAAGAGAUAAGUGUUUCUACGGUUUUCUAUUAAAACCAAAAAGUUACAUCUAAUCCCUCCAAACUAACGAGUCAACUUGCCAUGAGCGAUCAAAGGACAAUGGAUUUGCUAUGGAACUGCGCUUCCAAACUGACCGACCAAUCCCACACAGAACGGAUUCUCAAGUCGCAUUACAUAACCACCUGUCGAAAGUUGGCCCGGAACAGUGUUCAGUUGCCAGAGGAAAGCUUCGGAUCUGCACGCAUGUGCUCCCGCUGCGGAAACCAGUGGGCAGAUGGGCGCUACCAGCUCCACCUCCAGCCGCAAAGGCUGCGCCAGAGUGCCAACAAACGGAGACUCAUCGCCCAGCUGGAAGACGUGAAGGCCAAACAGAUUAGGGGCGAGAUGAGUAGCGGGGCCAGGAAACGGGCCAAGUGGCUGAAGAAGCGCAUGGCCAGCCAAAUGGCCGUGGACUGCGAGGUUUGCCGGCACAAGACAAUGCUGCCUCUGGAGAAGGGACGAAAGCGCGCUAAACCAAAAGCCAAGGAGGAAACAAUGACAGCCACACAGCCUGCGGCAGCCGACCAAAACAAAAAAAAAGGCAAAAAGAAUAAGUCCCAGGCGCCGAAUAAAGAUAUCAAUGCAGGCCUGCAAAUUCCGCAGCAACAAAAAACGCCCCAGCAGCAACAGCAUCUUGCCAAAUCGCCAGCGCCGUCGAAAAAAGCUUCCCAACCAGUUGGAAUAGCUUCCCAAAACUCCAGUCAUCAGACGUCCAAAAAGAAAAAGAAGAAGCCCGCUCAGCCGACGCCCGCCGCUGCCAAAACGCAGUCCAAGACGCAGAAGCAAAACGUGCUGCUGCAACUGGCCGCUCAGCUGAAAUCGAACGCGUUUAAAGACGCCAGCAAGUCGCAGCAGAACCGCCUGCAAGCGUUCCUCAAGUAGCGGGCAAAGUCGCUGCGACGCUGCAUUUAGGUACAACGAUUGUGGUCCAGCUGAAUGAAAAUACUUGUUGUGGCACAUAAUUAAGCGUUAGCACAAUACUAGAAUCAGGCUCUUUGUGCCGCUUGAUAAAGCCAGCCCAGGUGGGAACCUGUUAUCCAGCCGCCCGGUCUUCUGGGUCGAGUCACGCAACGGCUAUGCACUUAUCACUGCUGCCCGAGACGCGGGUUGUCCAAGGUUGUCCAGAUAUUGCGCAGCCAACAUGGCCUGCAUGCUUAAUUUAUUUCUCGGAUCGCAACGUUUAAUUAAAAUUGAGUUGUUUGCCAUAGCGUCUUGAGAAACGCGUCCUUCGAAUCUGCUCCCAAAAAGGGCACCCGAUCGGCUCUUGGCUCUCGGCAGUCCGCUUUAUCUGCCGCCAAUUGCACAAAGAGCUCACGCACAGGCGAAGGCUCCGGUCCCACAUUGGCUUCGAUUUCGCCCUCCCUCUUUCUGCGAAAAAGACUCUCGGAUUUCUCGGCAGCUGCGACAACAACAUCUGCCUGCCACAUUAGAAGAUUUCUGGUUCUACAGUCCAGUCCCUCUGGCUCGAACCACUUAAACCAUGUUCCAAAAUGCCUCCUAGUAAAUUUAAGUUAUGAAUUAAUGUUGUUAGUUUUAAAAAGCAUAAACAAUAGUAAUAGUAAAGUCAUAAUGGUAAAGAA